AUGCGGCGGAGCCUGGCGGCGCGGCUGGCGCUGGCCGCCGGCCUCGGCUCGUUCCUGCUCGUCCUCUUCUACUUCCAGAGCAGCCUCAGCCCAGCCUCAGAAGACGGAGCUAUGAGAUCCACCUGGCAGGGGAAGGCCGGUCGCAGCCCACUCCAGGCCCUGUAUGAGAGUUACCAGUUUGAGCAGUCGACACUGCAGGCGGUUCACCACCAGAGACGGGAGACAUUGAGCAACGUCUGCAACCGUUACACCCGCAAGCGGCGCCUCCUGCAGCGGGAUGACUUGCGGCAUUUGGUGGUGGAUGACACGCAUGGGCUGCUCUACUGCUACGUGCCCAAAGUGGCCUGCACUAACUGGAAACGGGUGAUGAUGGUCCUGACAGGGCAAGGCAAGUACCAGGACCCACUGGAAAUCCCCGCCCACGAGGCCCACGUCCCAUCCAACCUGCGCACCCUCUCCGAGUACAGCGUUCCCGAGAUCAACUACCGCCUGCGCAGCUACCUCAAGUUCGUCUUCGUGCGGGAGCCCUUCGAGCGCCUGGUCUCGGCCUACCGCAACAAGUUCACCCUCAGCUACAACCAGGCCUUCCACAAACGCUACGGGACCAAGAUCAUCCGGCGGCACCGGCAGGAGCCCAGCGACAAGGCCCUGGAGCGCGGGGACGACGUGCGCUUUGAGGAGUUCGUCUACUACCUGCUGGAUCCACGGACGCAGCAGGAGGGGCCCUUCAACGAGCACUGGGAGCGAGUGCACUCGCUCUGCCACCCCUGCAUCAUCCAAUAUGACGUGGUGGGCAAGUAUGAGACCUUGGCCGAAGAUGCCAACUACAUCCUCCAGCUGAUUGGGGCCGACACGACCGUCAAAUUCCCAGCUUCGUCCAAGACCACCAGGACAACGGACGACAUGACGGCCCAGUUCUUCCAGGACAUUAGCCCCUUCUACCAAAGGAGACUCUUUAAUUUAUACAAAAUGGACUACUUGCUCUUCAAUUACUCCAUCCCCUCCUACCUCCGCAUCCGAUGAGGCAGGGGCUGGUGGGGAGAGGUGAGGGAGAGCUGGAUAACUCUCAUCUUGCCACAAUUCCUCUCCUCCCACCUUGUGCUCAUCUCUUGGUUGACUUCUUCCCUGUGCCCUCUCAUUAGGUCUGCUCCAGAUCCUGAUGGUCCCGAGGGAGGAUACCUCUCAAAACACUGAGACUGGAGCUUUUCCUUUCCCUUCCCCUUCCACCCUUUAAUAUCUACAGGAAAUGGUGGUGGGACAGGAAACUGCUGGGUAGGAGGGCUUACCUUGGUUGGGGACUUUCUUUUAACUAAGGGACUCCUCCAUAGAUCCAAGUCUUGGGAAGGCUCCUUUUUUGGGCAGGAUCCCUUCGGGUCUUUCUCCUCCUUACUGGGCUGUUUAGGGGCAGACAUGGUGUCUUGGGGGUCAGGGUGGAGUGUGUCAGAGACUUGCAUAGAACCAGAAAUAAAGCAAUAAUUUAAUGU